GUUUUCAAGCAAAACUUUACACCAAUAACGCCGCCGCUAGAAGCCUACCGGCUAAGAAACCAAAUUUCACCACCGCGAGUAGACACCACUUGUCCUCUCCCAUUCACUUCAAACCACCACGAUGGUCUCUCUGAAAAAGAAAAGUAAAAGAAGAACGACUCGUCUGCGGAACAAAAUUGAAAAGCAGGCUGCCAGCGCCAAGCGUAAGGAGAGAAAACUUGCAAAGAAAAAUCCUCAAUGGAAGUCUCGUAUACCCAAGGACCCCGGUAUUCCCAACUCUUUUCCUUUCAAGGAAGAACUUCUUGCACAGAUUGAGGAUCAAAAGAGAAUAAAAGAAGAGGAACGCAUGCUGAGAAAGCAAGCUGCUAAGGAAAACAAUGGGGACGGCGACAUGGCUAUUGAAGAUGCUGCUAUGAACGAAGAGGGCGAACAAGAAAGCAUGAUGGAGCGUCUUGCUAAGGUUGCUCAGGCUAAUGACGCUGAGGAUGGUUCUGGUGACAUGGUCGUGAUGGAUGAAGACGAUGAUGGAGCUGAUGUUCCUCAACUUGUCUCUAACGAUGCCGAUACUCGCAUGGAUGGUUCCCGUAAGGAUCUGUCUCGCAAGGCUUUCGACAAGGAGUUUAAAAAGGUUAUCCAAAUGGCCGAUGUAAUUCUUUACGUGCUUGACGCUCGUGAUCCCGAAGGCACUCGCUCGAGGGAUGUCGAACGGCAGGUACUUAUGUCUGUCAACGAGGACAAACGCCUAAUUUUUGUCGUUAACAAAAUUGACCUCGUUCCUUUAGACGUUCUUAAUAAGUGGCUCAAGUAUUUGCGCACCUUCUUCCCUGCAAUUCCUUUACGGUCUUCUUCUAGCAACUUGCCAAACACAUUCAAUCACAAGUCCUUGACCGUGUCUUCCACUUCUUCUAACCUGUUCAAGUCACUGAAGGCAUAUGCCGCAAAGAAAAAGCUGAAGAGCUCUUUGACAGUCGGCGUUAUUGGGUAUCCUAACGUUGGAAAGUCGUCUGUCAUUAAUGCUCUCGUCACACGUUCUAUUAAUCUUCGCCAGUCUGGCCCCUGCCCUACUGGUAAUGUUGCAGGUGUUACAACUUCUUUGCGCGAAGUAAAACUCGAUAACAAACUCCGUUUGAUCGACUGCCCAGGUAUCGUCUUCCCGAACGAACAAGGGAAGGAAGACUUCGAGCGACUUAUGUUGCUCAAUGCCGUGCCUGACAAGGCCAACAUGGACUAUUCCGGCGUUGCAUCUGCUGUCGUGCGCUACCUGAACAAAUUGCCUGGUUUGUUGGAGAAAAUGAUCGAGUAUUACGGUAUUCCACCUCUGAUGAACACCGGUGAAGACGCUAUGGCUACGGACUUGUUGGUGAAUAUUGCUCGUAAGCGCGGACGUUUAAGUCGUGGCGGUAUUCCCAAUAUCAAUGCCGCUGGUAAAAUUCUGGCUACUGACUGGUGCUCUGGACGCAUCCAAUGGUGGACAGAGCCUGAGGCUAUCACAACUUCUGUUUCUGCCAACGAUGAAAAAGAGGUUGUCAGUGCCUGGGCCGAAGAGUUUGAUUUAAAUAAUUUUUGAUUUCAUACGGUUGAAUAGGGAUAAAUUGUAUUUGGGUUCUUAAAAAAGCAUUGUAUUUACUGUUGAUAGUAACCUAGGUAUGCGUAUAGCUAAGCG